UUCUUGGUUCUGGUAGGUGUCUGCGAGUCAGCUUUGGUAUACCAACCAGAUCCACUCAAAAGUCACAGAGAGACACCCAUGACCAACUGACCUACCACCUCUGUGUCUUCAAGCCUGAUUUGAAAGCAGUAAACACUCUACUACUUUUACUCCCCAUUACCCACAUAAAACAUUAGAACUAAGAGACCCAUUUCCCCCAUUACUAUCAAGAAUCGAUAGAAACAAAGAACCAUGAAUCCUAUGGAAUUCAUCGAGUCACUCGAUCCUCAGAUCCUUGUGGGUGUAUCUGUAGCUUUUGUUGUCAUUGUGGUUGCAGCUUUUCUCUUCUCCUCCAAGAAGCCCAAAGGUUGCUUAGAUCCCCAGAAUUUCAAGGACUUCAAACUUGUCAAGCGCACACAACUGAGCCACAAUGUGGCAAAGUUCAAAUUUGAACUUCCGACAUCGACUUCAAUUUUAGGUCUUCCGAUUGGACAACACAUAAGUUGUAGGGGCAAGGAUGGCCAAGGUGAAGAGGUUAUCAAACCAUAUACCCCAACCACAUUGGAUUCUGAUGUUGGAUACUUUGAACUAGUGAUAAAGAUGUAUCCUCAAGGAAGAAUGUCACACCAUUUCCGUGAGAUGCGUGUUGGAGAUCAUCUUGCUGUCAAGGGACCCAAGGGCCGUUUCAAGUAUGAACCUGGCCAAGUUAGAGCUUUUGGGAUGCUUGCUGGAGGCUCUGGAAUCACUCCAAUGUUCCAGGUUGCUAGGGCAAUAUUAGAAAAUCCAAAAGACAAAACAAGGGUUCACCUGAUCUAUGCCAAUGUGACCUACGAGGACAUCCUCUUGAAGGAUGAGUUGGAUGGCCUUGCUAGAACUUACCCUGAUCGCUUCCAAAUCUACUACGUAUUGAAUCAGCCUCCUGAAGUAUGGGAUGGUGGUGUUGGAUUUGUCUCGAAGGAAAUUAUUCAAACUCACUUGCCAGCCCCUGGCCCUGAUAUUCAGAUCCUAAGAUGUGGUCCACCACCCAUGAACAAGGCCAUGGCUGCUCAUCUUGAAUCACUUGAAUAUGCACCUCAUAUGCAGUUCCAGUUCUGAUCCUUAUUUAUGGCCUUUCAGCUUCCAUGGUUUGAGUUUGGGACUUUCCUGUCCUUCAUUGGAGCAAGUGAAUUUGACGAAUUCUUGCUAUUAAGUUGCAUGAUAUUCCAUGGUUUACAUGGCUACGAUACUAAUACAUUUGAUGGUGCAUAACAACGAUAUGCUAUGAAUGUGGCAUUUCCUCGAACUUGUUGUAUUUUUAAAUUUGGGAUCUUGACCAAAUGCACCAAAUUGGCUAAAUUUAUCUCA